AUGGCUAGUGAAGGUGGUUCUGCCCUGCCAGGGCGAGAUCCGGCUUGGAAGUAUUGUUUACCGAUUGAGGGUAACCGAAAUGGAACAAUUUGUAAUUUCUGUGGGUUGGUGAUGAAAAGUGGAGGCAUCACGCGAUUCAAGUUUCAUUUAAUGCAAAAAGACCCGCAUAACAACACCAAAAAGUGUCCUAGAGUGCCGCCCGAAGUGAAAGAAGAGAUACGAUUCCUAGUGCAUGACAAAACAAAAGCAAAAGCAAAGAAAAAUGCAGAUAUUGAAGAAAUUCGUGCUCAAUUACGUGGCACAAUGGGGACUCAUCAUACACAUUUGGUAGACGAAGAUGAUGAUGAUGAAGAUGUUGAGAAUGAAGAUGUGUAUAUGUAUCCGGCAGAUAUGCACCCAGAUGAGCGGGAUGCAUAUCGAUCUGCAGUUCGUGCCUCGAAAGCAUCAGAAUGGGAACGUGAACAAUAUGAGAAUAUUGUAGGAAGCAAACGCAAAACAGGGGAGUCUUCACAGUCUCCUGGAUUACCGUCGAUGAUGCGAAAAUCACAUAGUAUGCGACAUUCGCAACAAUCACCCCCUCUUGCCCCUUCACUUUACAAGUCUUCUGCAGCAAAACAAAAAAAUAUCAAAGAUAUAUUCAAGGGUGGUGCAAUUAAAGAAACGAUGGGACGCUUAAUUAGCAAAUUCUUCAUUUAUGAGAGCGUCGCACCCGCAAAAGCAAAGUCUCAUCACUUCAAGAAUAUGAUUAUUGGUGCACAACAAGCUGGAAUGGGAAUCGAACCUCCAUCUCCAUUUGACAUAAAGAACAAGUACUUGGAAAUGGAGUACAGAGAAAUGGAAGCUUAUGUGAACCAACAAAGAGAAAAAUGGAAGACAUAUGGGUGCACAAUAAUGUCAGAUGGAUGGACAGGGCCCACGAAAUUAAGUAUUAUUAAUUUCAUGGUUUAUUCUAAAGGGAGCACGGUCUUCCUUAAGUCAGUUGAUGCAUCGAACUAUAUCAAAGACCACAAGUAUAUAUACGACCUAUUGAAGACUGUUAUCAAAGAAGUCGGUAAAGAAAAUGUGGUCCAAAUUGUCACAGAUAAUGGGUCGGCGUUCAUGAAAGCAGGGAAACAAUUGAUGAAGAAGUAUAACUUAUACUGGACUCCGUGUGCGGCGCACUGCAUCGACUUAAUCUUUGAAGACAUUGGUAAAAGACCCAGUGUUAUCGAGGUGAUAAACAAUGCUCGCAAGAUAACUAACUUCAUUUACAAUCAUGGUUGGUUACUAGCACAAAUGAGACUGUAUUGUGGUGGAGACAUUGUUCGACCAGGAGCUAUAAGGUUUGCUACCAAUUAUAUUGCUCUUGACAGUCUUCUUAAAAAAAGGGUCGAUUUGAAAAAAUUGUUUAUGAGUGAUGAUUGGGCACAACACAAGCUGAGUCGAACAAAACAUGGACGAGAGUUGGAGCAAUUAUUGUUUGACCAUGCGUAUUGGGACAGAAUGACAAAUAUAGUUUCAUUAUAUGAGCCAUUAUACGUGGUGCUUCGACUUAUGGAUUCUGAAGUUGUUCCCACAAUGCCAUUUGUGUAUGAGCUUAUGCACGUGAUGAAAACGAACCUUACGCGUCAAGGAGCUGGAGAUUGGAUGUUCAAAAUAAUACAAGAUCGUUGGGAGAAAACACUAAAACAUCCACUUCAUGCAGCAGCAUACUUCUUGAAUCCAAGAUUUCAAUAUAGGCGUGGAGUUGGUAGUGAUCCAGAACUACUUCAAGCGGUCCAUGAUGUUUUUGCAAAAUUAGAUCCAACUACUGAAUCACUUGGUCAAUUUGGAAAUGAGCUUGUGCUUUUUCGAGAUGCAAAAAGAGGAUUCGGUGAUCGAGCGGCAAUUGCAGCAAGGUCAACCAUGGUGCCCGCUGAAUGGUGGUUUAUGUAUGGGAAUCAAACACCUACAUUGAGAAAGUUAGCCAUCAAAGUUCUCUCACAAACUGCGUCAUCUACUGCCUGUGAGAGAAAUUGGAGCACGUUUGCUCUCAUCCACACAAAGCAACGAAAUCGUUUGGCUUACUCUCGAUUGGAGCAAUUAGUUUUUUGUUACUAUAAUAUGAGGCUAAAGUUACGCGAUAUGGAGGCAGAAAAUGAUCGAGUUGCUGAAAAAGAUUAUCUUGAUCUUCUUGACAUUUCAGCCGAGGUGGGUGAAGAAGAAGAUAAUCAGUUGUUCCAAUGGGUGAGGCCUAUACAUUUGGAUGACGAAGUUGGAAAUCCCGAUCCACGAAUUGCUGCUCAUGCUCGAGAAUUUGGAGUUAAUGUUGAACGUGUGUUGUCUGAAGAAGUUCACUCUGAAAGUUUUAGCAAAGAUACUGAUGAUUCCCACCAAGAGAUUGACUCCACAAGUGCUGGCCAUAGUAGUAGACCUAGUGCUGCAGGUACUUCUGCUUCUGGUUACGAUGGUUCAAGAGGUGGAACUGAUGAUGGAGGUGAUAAUGCGGGAGGAGAUAUUAAUGAACGUCAACAUAGUCAAUAUCCAGUCAGCCAAUUCACCUGUGAAAAUACUUUCACACACUGCACACAGGAUGAAGACCAUGGCUCUAGAAGAGCUGAUAGGCUACACUUUGUUUUAGUCCAAACCACUACCAAAUUCAACACAUGCCGAAGCAAAUUCCAAGAUGCUCCUAUGAAGACCUUCAUCACUGCCCACUAA